GAUCUGCGAAUCUUGUGGACUGUGGUGAAGUUUGAAUUUUUUUUAAAUAUCCUUGCGUUUCUUGUUUCGUUGGACGAGUUCAGACAUUCAAAAUGCAAGUUUUUGAAUAUGAUAACGUUAAAAUUUAUAAUUUGAGUUGUGGAAAAUCAUUACCUGAGUGGUUAUCAGAAAGAAAGAGGAGAGCUCUGCUCAAGAAAGAUGUGGAUCUUCGCAGAAGGAUUGAGCUUAUACAAGAUUUCGAAAUGCCUGAUAUCAGUACAUCAGUUAAAGUUUCUCCAGAUGGCCAAUAUAUAAUAGCAACAGGGAUCUAUAAACCUCGAGUUAAAUGUUUUGAUGUGAAUAAUUUAUCACAAAAAUUUGAUAGAUGUUUUGACUCUGAAGCUAUAACUUUUGAGUUACUAUCUGAUGACUAUAGUAAAUUGGUAUUCUUACAAUGUGAUAGAUAUGUAGAAUUCCAUGUGGCACAUGGAAGGCAUUAUCGAUUGAGGAUACCUAAAUAUGGAAGAGACAUGAAAUAUUUCUUGCCUACUGGGGACCUGUUCAUAGUUGGUGUUACUUCUGAUAUUUAUAGGUUGAAUUUAGUAAGGGGUCAGUUUUUGACUCCUUUCGUUUCAGAAGCAUCAGUGAUAAAUAAAUGCGCAAUAAAUAAAGAGUAUUCUCUCGUAAUGUGCGGAACAAAAGAAGGAAAAGUUGAAUGUUGGGAUCCAAGAUGUCGAAAUCUGAUUGGAACACUUGACGUUGCUUUAAAUUGUUUGAGUAAGAUGGAAAAUGUAACCUCAGAGAACUUCCCAUCUAUAACUGCUUUAAAUAUGGAUGGUCCCUUACACAUGGGUGUUGGUACAGCAAAUGGUUUGGUUUUAUUGUAUGAUAUUAGGUCUUCUGAGCCCUACAUGGUCAAAGACCAUAUGGAACGGUUGCCUAUCAAAGAUAUUGAGUUUAACAAGAAAGAAAAUAUUGUAUUUUCAAUGAAUAAGAGCAUAUUGAAGAUGUGGGAUAAAAACUCUGGAAAACCAUAUGCUAAUAUUGAAACAUCAUCAGAAUUAAAUAAUUUAUGUGUUGUACCAGAUACUGGGCUGUUAUUCAUUGCCAAUGAAAAGCCUAAAAUUCUCACUUAUUAUUUACCCAGUCUUGGACCUGCACCCAAAUGGGCUAGUUUUCUGGAUUCACUCACUGAAGAACUAGAGGAAUCGAAUGUGGAGAGUAUUUAUGAUGACUAUAAGUUCGUCACUAGAAGUGAGGUCAAUGCUCUGGGAUUGGAUCUUGAUGAUUUGGUCAAAAAUAAUUUAUUGAGAGCAUACAUGCAUGGAUACUUUAUGGACGCCCGAUUUUAUAAUAAAAUAAAAUCAGCAGCACAACCGUUCGCCUUUAAGGAGUAUAGACAAAACAGAAUAAAACAAACGAUUGAAAACUCUAGAAAGGCUAGAAUACAAUUGCCAAAUCUUCCUAAGGUUAAUCAGAAAUUGGCUCUGAAACUUAUGAAUUCAAAGUCAAAUGUGUUGAAGGACGACCGCUUCAGGAACUUGUUCUUGAGUGAAGACUAUGAAAUUGACGAAAAUUCUGAAGAAUACAGACUGAUCAAUCAUGCGGUAGUCCAGAAACGCAAUGAAAAAAUAUUGAGGAAAACCGAGGAGGAAGAAGAAGAGGAAGAAUUGGAAGGCAAGAACAGCUCUGAUGAGUCCUCAGACGAAUUGGAAGAAUCGGAUGAGGGUGAAUCAGAAGCAUUAUCAAGAGAGGAUAGUGAUAAUGAUCAUGUUGAAGAAACACGGAAGCAGCCUCCGAAAAAAAGGAAACUGGUGGAGAUAAACAAGCAGGAUACCGAGAAAGAGGUACCAUUGGGUGACAGGUUGAAGCUGGAAAGUGAAUCUGUACAAUUUGUUGGUUCACUGGGAAAUAGGCAGAUGAAUUUCUCAGUCAAAAAAAAGAGAAAAGAUAAUAUGGUGGAAAAAUCCAAAAAGCAUUUGGCCGACAGAAAAUCCCUGUCGAGAAAAGGAAUGGGAGGGAACUAUCGCCAUAAAAAGUUUUAAAAAUAUUUGCUUUCAAUAUCGUCCUCCAAUCAGAGCGACCCCAUGAGUAUUCAGUAGUGUAUUGGAGGCUCUAAUCAUGACAAGAAGUCAUGUUCAAGUACACUACAACUGAAAGUAUAACGGAUUUCACAAUCUCAAGGCACUAAAAGAGGAAUAUUCUUACCUGUGGACCAGUACAAAAUAUAAGAAAUGAAUAAGGAGGAUUUGAGCUGACCUUUGAGGAAAUGCCCGUCGACAUUAAGUUAUCCAAAGACACUUGAAUCUUAAUACCACCAUAUAUUAAGCAUAGAUUGAAAAUCUAUAAAUUCAUAUUUUUAUAAAUAAACUAUC